AUGGGCCUGCGAGACAAGCUCAUGAAACGGGAUGGGAGUGGGAGCCCAGAGCCCAAGGCCCCAUCCACGGACAGGGGCAACAUCAUUGGGCAGAAUGGCUACGCUCCCGAAUUCACCUUUAUACGGUCCGACACGGCCUCGAUGGAAGUCAUCCAUCCCGGCAACGGCGGCAGCACCACGUCGGCCUCCGUACCCGCUCCCCACGACGACGGCGGGCACCUCUCGCCCACCAAGGAGCCAAGCACCGGCUUACGGCGCAGCCUAUCCAUCUUUCACUCCAGCCGCUCGCGCAGCGCAUCCGUCUCCUCCCAGGUGAGCCAGCAGUCGUCGAGCAAGGAAGGCAGCGGAAGCCGCCGCCGGCGCCUCUCGGAGCGGCUGCACCUGCGACACCACCAGGUCGCGUCGUCCGACAGCGUGCCCGACAACCUUCCGGCCAUUGUGGUGGCGGGCGACGACAAGGACACGCUCGAGUCGCAGUGGGAACAGCGCGCGACGCUGCUGGCCGUGCAGAACGAGCUGGCGCGCAGCGCGUCGGGUUCACCGGGCGUCGGCGGCAGUACGGCGAGCCUCAGCAUCAGACCGAGGUCGUCGUCGUCGCAGACCAGCAGCCCGGCGGCCGCCGCGGGAGGGCGGAUCAGAUCGCGGAGCCUCUCGCCGGGGAUGGUGGCGACGAACACGACGACGGAACCUCCGCCGCUACCCAAGGCAGUGUCGUCGAAGAAGAUUGACGACGACAUCCAAGAGGCCAUCCGGCUACACGAAGAGGGCGACCUGCAGCGGUCCACGGCCAUCUUUGGGAGGCUGGCGGACACGGAGGGCGCCAACAAUCCGUUGAGCCAGGUGUUGUUUGGACACGGAUGGGGAUGUGAACCAGACACCGCGCGCGCGGGCCAGUACCUGUCGGCCGCGGCGACCAACUCGGCCAAGAUCGAGGACAUGGCCCUCAAGGCGGGCAUGCAGAAGGGCGGCGCGGCCAAGGGCGAAUUAAUCCUGGCCAUGUUCGAGCUGGGCAAUUGCUUCCGCCACGGCUGGGGCAUGCGCAAAGAUCCCGAGGCCGCCAAGGAGUUUUACGAAACGGCGGCCAACCUGGGAGACACUGAUGCCAUGAACGAGACGGCCUGGUGCUACCUCAACGGCUUUGGCUGCGACAAAAAAGACAAGUUUCAGGCGGCUAAAUACUACCGCAGAGCGGAGAAUGCGGGCAACAAGACACUCGGCAACUCAUGGAUCUGGAAGGAAAAGUACGACCCGGACAAGCAGAAGCCGGACAAGCAGGAGAAGAAAAAGUAA